CAGGUGACUGUCGAAAUCUGCAGGAUCUAAAUUUAACUGAAUGUGCACAUGUAACAGAUGAAUUUGCGUCUAUGGUGGUGGAAAUGUGUACUUCGCUUCUGUACCUGAACCUGGCUUACACUACUAUUAGUGACGGUACACUGAGAUCAUUAUCAAAGUUUGGGUUGAAUCUACAGUAUCUGAGCCUAGCCUACUCAAAGAAAUUCACAAAUAAAGGUUUGAAUUACCUUGCCACAGGGAAGGGCUGCCACAAGCUCGUCUACCUGGACAUUUCAGGUUGUACUCAGAUCUCAGUGAGAGGCUUUAGGUCAUUAGGAAUUGGCUGCAGUGAUAUUGAGCAUCUUGUAAUCAAUGACAUGGCAACUCUUACUAACAGCUGUAUCACAGCCAUGGUUGGUUACUACUACAACCUGACUACAAUUUCACUUCUUGCCUCUCCUCACAUAUCUGAUGCAGCUAUUAAAGCUCUUGUCCAAGGGAAGAGGAUUACCAAGGUUAAAAUUGAAGGUAAUCAACAUAUUAGUGAUGCAUCUUUCAAAAUGAUCAGCAAAAAUUGCCCAAACCUGAAUCACAUUUACGUGUCCGACUGCCCAAGGAUUACAGAUGAUAGCCUGAAAUCAUUGGCAACAUUGAAACAUAUCAUUGUGUUGAAUAUUUCAGACUGUAUAAGUAUCACUGAUGGAGGCAUAAGAUAUUUUAUGGAUGGUCCUUCAGCUUCAAGGCUCAGAGAACUAAAUCUAAGCAACUGCAUUUUUAUUACUGAUUUAUCAUUGCUGAAAAUUGCACAGCGGUGCCAUAGUUUAACACAUCUGAGAUUGCGUUACUGUGAACGCUUAACUGACAGUGGAAUUGAGUGGCUUGGGAACUUGCCUGUACUGAACACCAUUGACCUAACAGGAACCAACAUACAAGAGCAGAGUUUAGGAGGUCUCUCCAACAACACCAGGAUAACAGAGUUCACGGUGGCAGAGUGUUCGGGAGUUACUGAUAUUGGAUUACAGAAAUUCUAUCAUAACAUGUACGAUCUGGAAUAUUUGGAUAUCUCCCAUUGCCUCCAAGUCUCUGAUUUGAGCACAAAGACGUUGGCUUUCUGUUGCAGAAGGCUCAUUUCACUGAACAUCGCUGGAUGCCGAAAGAUUACUGACUUAAGUAUCCAAUACUUGGCUGGGGUGUGCCAUUAUAUCUACUUCUUGGAUAUCUCAGGUUGUGUCAAUCUCACUGACUCAAUAUUCAACUUCCUUAAGAAAGGCUGCAAAAAGCUACGGGUUCUGAAGAUGCUUUACUGCACAAACAUCACACAAGAAGCUGUCAAAGCAGUAACCAAUGUUCAGCAUUUGGAAUACAAUGACGAGAACCCACCAUCAUGGUUUGGAUAUGAUAACGAAGGGAAUGAGCUGGUCGCCAACAUGGAAGAUGAAUAGACAUGAAAUGCUUAAUCAUCAAAUUGUUAAGAAAAUCAGAAAUUUACUUUCUAUAUAUAAGAUUAUAUACUUUUAAUAAUCCAUAGAUGUAACCUUUAACAAUUACUUUGACCAUUUGUGAAACAAAAAAUUAAUUUCACAAUUAAAAGUUCAAGAUAGAGAUUGUAUUUGUAUUGAAAGACAACUAGAUUGAUUACCAAUAUCAUUUGAACUAGUGUCCACAAAAUAUUACAACUAAAGUUGUGUCAAUAGUCAAGUUUUUUUCCAAUGUUUAAUUCUGGUAUUUGAUUUCUGUAACAGGAAGGAUAGCACAAUGUUAUACGAGUCCUUCAAUAAUAGAGGAAUGACCACUGCAAAAACAGAAGUCAAAAAUUGAUAAAAAUAAUCAAAAAAUUUAGAUACAGUAACCAACAAUGCAUGUCACACAUUUCAUCUAAAUUUUAAGGUUGAAUAUUAUAGAUUUUCAACUGUGAUAUUCUUGUUUCAAAAUUAUAUAUUUGUGCAUUUCAGUUAAAAGUUUAACUUGUGCAACACUGGCUUAUAUACAUCACUUAAUGAGCUAUAAGGUAAUUCUACUAAUGAAAUAUUCAAGUUACAUCAUUGCAACAGUUUGUUCAAAGUUUGAAGAAGUUUAUUUAAACUACUUUUUGGAUAUUCACAUUUCAAAACAAAUGGACAAAUAAAUGACAAUUAUUCAAUAA